UCUCAACUACAUAGUGAGACCCUAUCUCAAAAAAACAAAACAAAAAAAAAAGAGACAGAGGAAGCAUACAGUCCCCACUCUGUUCACGGCAGCCCCAGCGCCAUGCACCCAUCAGGUCACUCAGUGGGACUGAGGGUCCCACUCAGUCUGCACUGUCCUCUGCCCCUUGUCUGUGCACCCACCCACCUGACAGUUACCCAGCACGGUGCUGUGCCAGGCCAGGGAGGGCGGGGGCAUCAGGAAGCCCGGGGCUUCUCCCCCAGCAAGCCCUUCGCUCUCCCUGGGCCUGGCGUGUCCAGGGGCCUGUGAACUCUGCCUCUUGGGCACUGCCAGUGGGGACUCAGCCCCCCGUUCCCAGUGGACAGUGGGCAGGAGCUCUGCAGAGCUGAGCCGUAGACCCCUCAGCCGAUGCCACCUUGUGCCCGCAGACUGCUUCGUGGAGACACCGUGGUGGAGCUGGGCCUCAACGAUUACCUGGACAUCUUUUGCCCACACUAUGAAAGUCCAGGGCCCCCCGAGGGCCCCGAGACCUUUGCUUUGUACAUGGUGGACUGGUCGGGCUACAAGGCCUGCCGGGCAGAGGGGGCGAAUGCCUUCCAGCGCUGGAAAUGCUCCAUGCCCUUCGCCCCCUUUGGCCCUGUUCGAUUCUCAGAGAAGAUUCAGCGCUUCACGCCGUUCUCCCUGGGCUUCGAGUUCCUGCCUGGAGAGACCUACUACUACAUCUCUGUGCCGACCCCAGAGAGCUCCGGUCAGUGCUUGAGGCUCCAGGUGUCCGUCUGCUGCAAGGAGAGCAGGCCCGAGUCAGCCCACCCUGUUGGAAGCCCUGGUGAGAGUGGCACUUCCGGGUGGCGAGGGGGGCACGCUCCUAGCCCCCUCUGUCUCCUGUUGCUGCUGCUGCUUCCCAUCCUGCGUCUCCUGCGAAUUCUGUGAACGAGGCACACCCUCCAGCACCCCUGGAGGACAGGGCCUGCUCCCUGCCCGGGGAUCCCCACCAGGCCGGCCGGAUGGAGCCCUGAUGAGUCGGAGGGGCUGAGGCCACCCAGCAAGUGCUGCCUCCAUCACAGCCGAAGAGGAGCCACGAGGGCGGUGCAGGCCGUCCUGGGCACGUGCAGAGGCAGGACGUGGGCCUUGUCCCCGCGUAGAUGGUGUCGGCCUGGCCCCGGACGACUGGGCUUUGGUGGAGCUAGACCAGACCCCUAACCACCUGGAACCAAGGCUGGACAGGGUAGCUAGACUGCUGGCUCGGGCCAGGGAAGCCCUGCAGCCUUGCUGGGGGCCUCUUCCCUGGGGCAGCACCGGCCAGCCCGGGGAGUAACCCACUUGUCUUCUGUGAAGACGGACUUGCCGUGAGAUUGAAUUUCGUACCAGUUUGUAUUUUUGUAAUGUCUGGUCCAAUCGCUUCUCGGCCUUUUGGCUAAGAUCAAGUGUAAUGUCUGGUCCAAACCUUCAAUAAACCUCCCUCCCCUGUCGCC